UUUAGUCGCGAACGUCAAAACCGGAGUGAAUCAUUCUGUUUCUCCGUUCUAAAACAUCAAAAUCUUUACAAAUCACGUAAUAUUCGAUUCCAAAGUGUUAAAAAUCUUUCGUGUAAAUCGUGUGAACCCGAAUCGAAGCUUCAAAUCGUGUAAACAAAGUUUUAUUCGCGAAUUCGUUGGCCGUUUCAGUUGUCGAAUCUUCUCCUUCCAGUGGCGUCGUAUUCUAACCGGGGAAAGUGAGAAAAGUCGAGGAUUUUAAGUGGCGUUUCGUAGUGUCGCAGGUGUGAAACUGUCUUGUGUGUUACGUCGUAUGCAGAAGUAGCCAAGAAAAGCGAAAAACGCCCGAGGAGAGAUACUUUUGUCAACUGGAAGAAACGGUGAAAAUGGGGAGGUGUCAUGUGGGUUUCGUCGUGUGGUUGGUACUCACCUGCUUCACCAGCGACGCAUUGCAGCAAUACAGAGAAAAAAACAUAAGCGGCGCCGAGACAGACGCGGUGCAAGCGAUUCUGGCCAGAUAUCUUCAGAGGCGUCUUCAGGGUUCUCAGCUGUCGACGCCGCCGCCACCAGCUGUCCUCUUCAGCAGCAAUAAUCAGGCCAGAGUGAGACAGGCCCCGCAGAGGACAACCGGUAAUGUAUUGCCGAGGAAUGCCAACGAAAAAGAGAAUACGGAACACGCCGACGAUUACGAGGAUUACGAGGACGACCUUGAAGGAUACGAGGACAGCGAGAGGAGCAGGACCAGAUUCGAUCUCUUCGCCGACGACUGCCCGAAUUGCGUGGACGAGCACAGCAGCACCCUGGCAGCGUCAAGAUGGACGAUGCCAUUGUUGAAGCUGGGCGAGAAGAGAUACUACCUGGGGAUCUUCUUCAAGGCCAACUGGUACAGGGCGUCCCAAUAUUGCCGAUAUCACGGAAUGCAUCUGGCGAGUAUAGCAUCGCAGGAGGAGAACGACAGGCUCGAGAAGCAUAUCAAAGACUUUGGCCUGGGGCAUGAACAUUUCUGGACUUCUGGUACCGAUCAAGCUGAAGAAGGCACCUUCUUCUGGAUGGCCAAUGGCAGACCCAUCACGUUCGAGAAUUGGAACGUCGGGGAACCAAAUAAUUUCAGAUACGAGAACGGCGAGGAGGAGCAUUGUCUCGAACUAUGGAACAGGGACGGCAAAGGGUUAAAAUGGAACGACAGUCCCUGCAGUUUCGAGACCUUCUUCGUCUGCGAGGUGCAGUGAUGAACAUCGAAGGUCAUCGAUUUCGUUCGAGCUACCACGAGUCAUCGUUACUGCCAGGAAGUCGAGUGUCGAGUUCGUCAACAAUUCCCGUUGCAGAGAACGCGAGAAAAUAACCUUGUGUCUCGAAAAUAACCUCAUUGUGUAAAAUAACGUAGCCACGUGUUGUGCCGAUCACGCUUCUGCCCUCGAAGGGACAGUUUGUGCAGCUCCAAACUGAAAUCAAAUUCCUGUGCUCGAAUUGUGUGUAGAAUAUCCGCUCUCCAGCGGAUUAAGAACUCGAGUCACUCAAGUGGCUCGUUUCAAUUGUUUCAACAUGUCUGUAGAUAAUUGUUUUGCUUGAUAGAAUUAUCGAUCGAGGACUCUAUAGGUUCGUUAGUUGAUAUGUUCGUUGUGUACGUGUAUAAUAACCUCAGACUGCGUCCUCAACAUACGAACUGUUGUUAGAUAUUCACUUCUUACAUGUAUGAUUCACUUUUUGUUUGUAUAAUGUGUUAUUAACACGCAGUUAUUUUAUGUACAAUACAGAAUAUAGCAUAAGGCAAUACUGAAGAAAGGAAAUAAAAGGAGAAAUAUUUUUUGAA